GAAAUAUUCAGAACUUACCUCUCCGAAUGUUUUCUCAGCUUUUUUUCGUUUCUUUUCUGUUUUUUUCAGUGCAGGCAAAGUCCAGGUCUUAUUACAAUCAACAAUGCUACGAUGAACAUGAUCAGCUUAUUCCUUGUCAAUGGACCAAGGCAGAAGUCAUAACCGCCGUCGUUAUUCUUGGUAUAUUUCUAUCUCACCAUGGAUAUCCAACGUUAUCGAGUUGUUAUCACGUUUAGUCCUGCUUUUAUCGUUCCUUCUGUUCCUCUGCUGCUCCUGCUGUCGUUGUCGAUCCUCUCGGCGUUCCAAGACUACUUCGUCGACAGCGACAUCGAACUCGAUAUCCAUACCAAAAAUUCCCAACUAUUCUCGUGAUUAUCACGUCGACGUUGAGUCGGGAUUAUCGUCCUACGACGCAGCUUUGAAUGAGCGAUCAGCUGUUGAGAAAAAGCAGACGUGGACAUCUUGGAACACAUCGCUAUCGAAGAAUGCCAUUGCCGCUCCUGUAAGUUUUCGCCACCGUUGAAAUAUUGAGUGCCAUGUUUUUCGUUGCCACUGCUCAAUUGUGUUUUGAUAGGAACCUACCCAUCCAUCCUCCUA